CGGCGGAAACGGGGCGAGCAAGAUGGCCACCACCAAGCGUGUGCUGUACGUGGGCGGGCUGGCGGAAGAGGUGGACGACAAGGUUCUCCAUGCUGCCUUUAUCCCUUUUGGAGACAUCACGGAUAUUCAGAUCCCUCUGGAUUAUGAAACAGAAAAACACCGAGGAUUUGCUUUUGUUGAGUUUGAGUUGGCAGAGGAUGCUGCAGCAGCCAUCGACAACAUGAAUGAAUCUGAGCUCUUUGGACGGACAAUUCGUGUCAAUUUGGCCAAACCAAUGAGAAUUAAAGAGGGCUCCUCGAGGCCAGUUUGGUCAGAUGAUGACUGGUUGAAGAAGUUUUCUGGGAAGACUCUGGAAGAGAAUAAGGAAGAAGAAGGACCUGAGCCUCCCAAAGCAGACACCCAAGAGGGAGAACCCACUACAAAAAAAGCCCGGUCAAACCCUCAGGUGUACAUGGACAUCAAGAUUGGGAACAAGCCAGCUGGCCGCAUCCAAAUGCUCCUACGGUCUGAUGUUGUGCCCAUGACAGCAGAGAACUUCCGCUGCCUGUGCACGCAUGAGAAGGGCUUCGGCUUCAAGGGGAGCAGCUUCCACCGCAUCAUCCCCCAGUUCAUGUGCCAGGGCGGGGAUUUCACCAACCACAACGGCACAGGGGGCAAGUCCAUCUAUGGGAAGAAGUUUGACGACGAAAACUUCAUCCUCAAACACACAGGAGCAGGCCUCCUCUCCAUGGCCAAUUCUGGCCCAAACACCAAUGGCUCCCAGUUCUUCUUGACCUGUGAUAAGACAGAUUGGUUGGAUGGCAAGCACGUAGUCUUUGGAGAGAUCACAGAAGGCCUGGAUGUUUUGCGACAGAUUGAGGCUCAAGGCAGCAAGGAUGGGAAGCCAAAACAGAAGGUGAUCAUCGCCGACUGUGGCGAGUACAUGUGAAGCUGCGUGCCCUCCUCCCACUUCUGUAAGACAAGGAAGGAGCUGCCUGGCCUCGGGUCCUGUGAAGCAAGCUGUGUGUGGCCCAUGCCUUUCCUCAGGGUCAUCUGACUUAGCACAAGUCUGCAGUGCCCAGGCUUUCUUCAGCCAUGGCUGGGCCUGAAGGCCAGCACAGGCAGUGUGCUGCUGCUGCCUGUCUAUAGCUGCCAGCUGAUUUCUUGCUAAAAUAAACUGGUUUUUGUACUGUU